AAAACGCUGUAGAAACGAGACCUUUUCUUCUAUAAAAGAAUCCCAAUAAUUCUUUCAUACUUCAUCACACACAAUUUUUCCUACCAAAAGUUCACAAAAGCUUUUCAAUCCAUUGCGUUAGAUGGCUUCAAUUUCAGUAGCAGCAUUGCUAUCUUUAGUGAUAGCAAUGCUACUUCUGGCGAUUGGGUCUAAUGCAGGCGGAAUCGCGAUUUACUGGGGCCAAAAUGGAAAUGAAGGCACAUUAGCACAAACAUGUACCUCAGGGAACUACAAGUUUGUAAACAUAGCUUUCCUCUCAUCAUUUGGCAAUGGCCGAACCCCUACCAUAAACCUUGCGGGUCACUGUGACCCGUCCAGCAAUGGAUGCACCAAGUUCAGCUCUCAAAUCAAGUCGUGCCAAGCCAGAGGCAUCAAGGUCAUACUCUCUAUUGGGGGAGGCUGGGGAGGUACCGGAGGCUACUCUCUAGCUUCAUCUGAAGAUGCCCGCCAAGUUGGUGCUUACUUGUGGAACAACUUCUUGGGAGGUCACUCCUCUUCAAGGCCGUUGGGAGAUGCUGUUUUGGAUGGAGUUGACUUCGACAUUGAAGGAGGGGAUGACCAGUACUGGGAUGACCUUGCUAGGUACCUUUCGGCGCAUAGCAAGAAGGGUGGCAAGAAAGUUUACUUGACUGCUGCUCCACAGUGUCCCUUUCCUGAUGCUUAUGUUGGAAAUGCACUUAAGACAGGCCUAUUUGACUAUGUUUGGGUUCAAUUCUACAACAACCCUCCUUGUCAGUACACUUCUGGUGAUGUCACCAAUCUCGAAGACGCUUGGAAGCAAUGGACUUCAGCCAUUCCUGCACAGAAGAUCUUCUUAGGACUCCCUGCUGCACCUCAAGCUGCUGGGAGCGGAUUUAUUCCUGCUGCUGCUCUCACUUCACAAGUUCUUCCGGGUAUAAAAAAUUCAGCUAAAUAUGGUGGUGUCAUGCUUUGGUCCAAGUAUUAUGAUGAUCUUGAUGGAUACAGCUCCUCCAUCAAGAAUCAUGUCUAGAAUGUAAAUUGAAAACGAUCCUUAUGCAUGUAUGUAAUUAAAAAUCCUAUGUGGAUUUUAUGAACGAUAUAUUGAUAUAUAUAAAAAAUGAACUUUGAUGAGUUCUAUUUGUGGAAGAUGUACAUCUUUUUUGAGUUUUUGACUCUCUAGGAGACAUUGUGGAAUAAGUACUACAUGUAGCUUGAGGCCUUGAUCGAGAAGAAUGGUGGGUGUCGAUGGUGAAUGAGCUGGAAGUGGUUUUUGACCUCUUUCUUUAUGGCUCUGUACACAGUACACAUGAUCUAAGCCUUCAUCAAUUAACU